CCACACACUACACAGCCAACCGCUUCCCUCCACACUCCUCCACGGUCCACGCCGCCGUCCACCACCACCGAGCGCAAUGGCCAAGACCAGGUCGGCGGCUCCGCCCCGCCCCUCCGCCGCCGCCACCUCCACCGCCGCAGCCACCGCCAGGAUCUCCUUCCGCUCCCGCAAGAUCGUCAAGACUCCACCCUCCAAACCCCCUGCCGCGGCCGCUCUGCCGCCGCCGGCGCCGCCCGCUCCGGUGCUGCCCGCGCUGUCCGCCCCGGGCGAGCUCGCGGCCGCGCUGCGCCACCUCGCGGCGGCCGACCCGCUCCUCUCCGAGGUCAUCGCCUCCACCGACGCGCCCGCCUUCACAUCCACCCCCUCCCUCCCCGCCUUCCACUCCCUCGCGCGCUCCAUCCUCUACCAGCAGCUCGCCACCUCCGCCGCCGCCGCCAUCUACGCCCGCUUCCUCGCGCUCCUCCCCUCCGCCGCCGACGGCGCGGUGAGCCCCGCCGCCGUGCUCGCCCUCGCCGCCGCCGACCUCCGCGCCAUCGGCGUCUCCGGCCGCAAGGCCGCCUACCUCCACGACCUGGCCGCCAGGUUCGCGGCCGGGGACCUCUCCGAGUCCUCCGUCGCCGCCAUGGGCGAGGACGCGCUCCUCGCCCAGCUCACCAGGGUCAAGGGCAUCGGCGAGUGGACCGUCCACAUGUUCAUGAUCUUCUCGCUGCACCGCCCCGACGUGCUGCCGUCCGGCGACCUCGGCGUGCGCAAGGGCGUGCAGGAGCUGUACAAGCUCAAGGCGCUGCCCAAGCCGGAGGAGAUGGCCGCGUUGUGCGAGCGCUGGCGCCCGUACCGGUCGGUCGGCGCCUGGUACAUGUGGCGCCUCCUGGAGAGCAAGGGCGCCGCGGCGAAGAAGGCGAAGAAGGGCAAUGCGAGCUCCUAGCUAGAAUCAUGAUCAUAUCUUAGCCAAUCUGCAGGACUGUUUGAUUCUACCGUAAUACUGCCCUAGAUUCUAUGAUGCUUAACAGCGAAUAUUGGUGGGCUCAGAUGUCGGUUAUUCUGGCAUUAGGUUCUUCCUGUGGUUCUUGAACAAAGUUUAGUGACGUCUUUUAGGAAAGUAGUGGUGACAAGGAUUCUGUGUGCUUUCUGGACCUGUGGAGUCCAAACUGAACAUGGUGGCCAGUUAAACCAGAUAUCGGGGGCGA